AUGUUGGGCAGCGUGCUUCCCUUCAGUGAGGAAAAUGCGGACCGCGUUAGCGAGUACUGCGAGGAGCGAUCGACUCAGAUCCCGAACGUCUUGGCCGAUCACUGGGACUACACUCGGUCCAAGUUCACCGAUGCUGACAAGAUGUCUUCGCGCCUGCAGGGAGCAUGGAUGAUCUUCACUGCUCGGGACCGCAAGCCCAAGCGAGUCCUUGAGAUUGGCACAUACAGUGGAUAUAGUGCUAUUGCAUGGCACGAAGGCACCAAGGAUACCAAAGCUGAGAUCGUCACCCUGGAGCUCAGCCCCAAGAUGAUUGCCGCCUCUCGUGCUGCCUUUAAGAAGUUCAACGUUGAGGAUCGCGUGAAGCUGAUUGAGGGUCCUGCGGAUCAAUCGUAG